AUGGAAAUAGGAUAAGAGUUUAGAGAGAUUUCAUAUUGUAAUAAAGCUUGGCUUGUAUUUGAUUAACUAAGUUAGAAGAAAAUUUUUCGAUUAAAGUAGUAAUUAUUUGAAUAUAAUUUAAUGUGUUAAAUAGUGUUGUUGUGCGUGAAUCCUUUUGAAUUGAUAUUUAUUGGAUAGAGGCACACAGAAGAUUUGAGAACCUUCAUUUAGGCUAACAAAUAUAUAAAGUUUUUUAGGAAAAUUCCUCAUCACAAAUAUUGAA